AUGUCGACGCCGGACAACAAGAGCUACCUGGCUACAGGCCUAAACGCCCUGUCACCCUGGGGGUCGCGAAGUGCGACACCAAAGCCUGGUCAAACUCGAGAAGACGACAGGCGCGCCUCCGAUGCUGGUCUCGGGACACAGCAAGGUGGAGACCACACCGUGAGCAGGACGCACAGGCUGAGCCUCAAGAAGUAUCCUCGUGACUGUCCGCCGCUGCGCGUCCAGUGGUUCCACGCGGUAGAUAUUCCUAAGCGCAAACCACUGCCAUCCGGACAACCUCCACCAACAACUGACAAGCCUCCAAUACCUAAGAAGUUCGUUCCUUUCGCGCAAGGAGACUCCAAUGCCAUUGAGGCAGCUUACCAAAAGCUCGCCGACGAAGAGGACGCUGCUGAGCGGGACAAAUUGGAACAAGGGGAGGACUUGGGCGUCUCGUCUCACGCGGAUAUAUACAAAGGCGCUAGGGACGGCCAGCAACGGACAAAAAGCUCCUCCAAGUCGAGAGUGCCCGUCAAUGAAGACUAUCUUUUCGACGUCGAUAUCGAAGAACGGGAGCUAAUUCCAGCGUACUGGUUGGGCCCGGUUUACGAAGUUCGCCGAGGCACAUGGUUCCAAGCAGAGGGCUUCUCGUUACGUGCAUGCGACGAGAACCUCGCGACUCAGUUGGAGGAAGGCUACUUGAAGCUGAAGCCUUGGAAAUUCCCCCAAGGGCAGCGGUCGCCGUCUCAAACUCGACAACGACCCACCUCACUCAAAGCUGGCGAUGACACGGGUGGUGCCAUGAAAUCAAGACCAGAGGCUGCGGCCGAGGCGCAGGAGUAUCCAAAGACGCAUCGUCUGUUCGGUCAGCACAUGAACUCAGUAGUAACGUAUCAAGACGCGACCACAGCAUGGCUGCUGACCGAUGACUUCCUGUCCCGUAUGAGCAGCACAAUGUACCAGCGCUUUGCGGGUGGUGGCCAUUUUGCGGGUAUCAAGCUCGUCCGAGGGUACAGCGACCCAUCUAAAAGGAAGGCUGAGGUCAAGGAUAGCAGGACGCCAGGAACUGCGACGCCUGCAUCGGACAAGGAAGAUUCGGAUGCGGAGGGCGACAGUAAACAUGCCAAAGACGAUUCCGGCUUAGCUUCCACCCCUGCCAACGCUGAGGAUGCACGAAGUCCGAGCUCAGAAGUUCGAAGAGCCACCCUUGAGAGAAAGAUGUCAUCCCUGGUCACUUCUGCGAUGCCAGAGAGUCGUGAGAAGCAGGAGGAAGAGGCUCGCAAACGAGACGAGAAGGAGAUUCGAGACGAUUACAAGGAACAAGAAGGCGAUGAGCAGGGACGUGAGAUCGAGCAUCUUAUACUAGUCACGCACGGCAUCGGACAACGGCUCGGACUGCGUAUGGAAAGCGUCAAUUUCGUGCACGACGUCAACACGCUCCGCAAGACAUUGAAGGCUGUAUACGCUGGUUCCGCGGAUUUACAAGCUUUGAACCAAGAAGUUGACAAGAUGCCAAAGAACUGCAGAGUCCAGGUCCUCCCAAUCUGUUGGCGGCACUUGUUGGAUUUUCCGAAACAAAGCCUGAAACAUAAUCGCAAGGAGCACGAUCUCGGCGACUUGGAUUUUGAAGAUGACGAGUACCCCAAUCUCGAUGAUAUAACCGUCGAAGGCGUACCCGCAGUCAGGAACUUAAUCACUGAUCUUGCCCUCGACAUCCUCCUCUACCAGAGUCCAGCUUACAAGAGCCACAUCACACGCAUCGUCCUCCAGGAAAGCAACCGGAUCUACCAGCUUUUCAAAGAACGAAACUCCUCUUUCAAAGGCAGAGUCAGCCUUAUCGGCCACUCCCUCGGCUCCGCCAUCAUGUUCGACAUCGUCUGUCACCAGAAAGAAUCCCGAGUUCCCCACGACCGCACAUCCAAGCGACGCUCCACCGACGAACACGCCCAGCUCCAGCUCGACUUCGAAGUCGAAGACUUCUUCGCCCUUGGCUCCCCCAUCGGCCUCUUCCAAAUGCUCAAGGGCCGCAAAAUAGCCGCGCGGCAGCCGUCCACCACCAAAUCCUCCGACACUCCCAGCGGCGACAUCAUAGACGACCCCUUCCUCGCCUCCGGAAGCGCCCUCACGACGCAAAAACCCCCACCGCGAGACCGCUUCGAAAUCACCACCUCUUCCCCUAAAUGCCAGCGCGUCUUCAACAUCUUCCACCCCACCGACCCAAUAAGCUACCGCAUCGAGCCGCUGAUCUCUCCCGCUAUGUCAGCCCUCAAACCGCAGCCCCUCCCCUACACCAAAAAAGGCAUCUUCGGCGCGCCCGUCGGACAGGGCCUCACCGGCAUCGGCGCCCGCGUCGGCCAAAGCGUAAGCGGGCUCUGGACAAGUUUCAGCUCCGGCAUCGCUAGCAGCCUGCUCAACCGCUCCCUCGGCAUCUCCGCCGAAGACGCCGGAAGGCUGGGGAACCCUGCCACCGCGCAGUCGCGCGUCCCGCUCUCCAUGGGCGCGGGGACGAACGUCGGCGCCGGGGUCAUACCCUCGAUGAUGCCCCAAGCGCAAGCGCCAGCGGAAAGCGACAUCUCGAACGACGCGCGGAAGCGGCAGCUCGCGCAGGACGCGAUCGAUGCGGGCGAGAAGGGGGAUCAUCCGCCCGUGCUCAUCGACUCGGAGAUGGAGACGCUGUAUGCGGGUUUCGAGAAGCGGAGGAAGAGCCACCAGAGCGAUCAUGAUGGGAGUUUGGGGGGUGUGGAGAGGGAGGAGGAGAUCAAGGAGAUCGAGGAGCGGGGGAGAAAAUUGAGGAGGGAGGAGGCGAAGGUGAGAGCGCUGAAUGCGAAUGGGAGGGUCGAUUAUAGCAUCCAGGAGGGCGCGUUUGAUAUCUCGCUUAUUGCGAGUAUUGCUAGUCAUCUGAGUUACUGGGCUGAUGAGGAUGUCAGCCACUUUAUGAUCUCGCAGCUUUUGGCAAGGCAUAGGGUUUUGAAGAGGUCCGCGAGCGCGAAGGAUCUGAAGGUUUAG